GUCCGUCCCAGCCCAUCCCAGCCCGUCCCGCCCCGUCCCGCCCCGCCGCGGGUGGCGGGCCCCGCAGGCUCGGCGCCUCCCGGCUGCCGCGGAGCGUGAUGGGUCCUGCUGGAGGGAGCUCUCUGAUGGCGCAGCUGUGAGCGAAAGCAGCGCAAUAUGUUCAGUGUGGAGGACCUCCUGAUUUCCCAUGGAUACAAAUUGGCUAGAAACCCCCCUGCUUCCUACGAGGACAGAUACGAUGGAUACCGGCGUGAAACCGCGGGCACCAGGCCUGCUCAGAGGCCGCUGAACGGGUUCGAAGCAGACUCGAGAGCUUACAGCAAGAAGCCUCUGGUGAAAACCAACUCGAGCAGCACCGAGAGCAGCCAUGGGAGCCACGGGAGGCGAGCGGGUCCUGGUUACCACCAUGGCCUUCAGGGUUUGUCCACUUUUCAUACUUCAGAAGGGGGGACUUAUGACAGGCCUCAACUAGCGUGGCCUUCCCAGCCCAAGGCUGACAAGGACCUGGCCUACUGGCGGCGGCGAGGACAAGACUUCAGCGUGCUGCAGGGUUAUUCCCAGAAAGGAGGAGUGGAAAUGCAAGGGCUGGCGGCAGCCCAUGGGGUGCCCCGGCACCCCAAGGACGCUCAGCUGAAGGCAGGGCUUGGAGCAGAGUACGUCAGGAGAGGUGGCCUGCCGGAGAACUGCGAGGCGCCCGGCGACUGCAGCUGGCAAGGUUUGAGGCUGGAAAGCUGGAACCAGCCGAAAAAAGUCGGAAGGCAAAUGUCGGACGGCGAGAGGGAGAAACUGCUCCAGGAGCUGUAUGCGCUGACCCUGCGAGACGACGUGCUGAGUGCCCACAGCAAGGGGAAAUCGCAGUCCCUGCCCAGAGUCCUGUCUCCAGACAGCAUGAGGUGCGUGGAGAUGCCCUCCCUGACCAACAGCAACAGCUCCCUCAGCACAAGUAAAGCCCCGUCCUACCCCCAAAGCAGGCCGGCUGUGGAAUCGGCCAAACACCACGAAACGGGGAGCCAUUUCCUGCCUCUGGUGAAACCCAAGUACGGGAGGCCUCUGCUGCCUCCCUCCUACGAACUGCAGCGACAGAGCAGGGCACCCGCUGACACCGCUGGCUUUCAGGACCACCACCAGAAGGACGACCCCGCUCCCUACUUAGCCAAAGCACACGAGCCGAGGCCAGACGCCUGCGUUCAAGACUCGGGUUUGGAGCCCCCGGUCUAUGUACCUCCCCCAUCCUACAAAUCCCCUCCCCAUCACGCCGUGACUCCACAUUCCCCCAGCGAAGUGCCUACCGAUGCCACGCAUGCCAGCAGCAGCCCGCAGGACUCUGCAGAGCGGCUUGUCACCUGCCUGCGACCGCCUGCAAAUAGCGUUGAAAGAGGGGGCGACCCCUGCAGAGACAGCCACCCUCCUCACGGGAAGCAGAGCCACCCGAGACGCCCCGCUGAGCACCUGCGUUCUGUGCAGUACAUCCCCUUCGACGACCCUCGGAUACGGCACAUUAAAAUCGCCCCCCCUCCCGAAGGGCUGCAGGACAGCACCAAGCGCGGUGAAAACGCGCGGAGUCCCAGUGCUGGCACGUUGCAGGAGCGAGAUCUCGACGCGCAGUACCACAGUGCCUUUCUGGAUGCAGCACACUCCCCGGGUUCUGCAAAGGGAGAAAGAAAUCCUGACAGCUCCUCUCCCGGCUGCAGGUGGUUGGCGCCGUCCAUCCGAGAUCAGAACCAUUGUGCCUUGCUGGACCAAAGAGACAGUUGUAGCUCAACUAAUCACAGCCCCCGGAACGACGCCGGCACUGAGUACACAAGAGGCAGGCUUCCUGCAAGGAGCUCACAUAUGGACAGCACCUGCGAGACCGUUACAAAAGUGAAGAAGUUUGAACCUGGAACUGGGAUGCAGAGCAAAAAGAGUUCAAAGAAAAAAAUGAAUGAAACUAUAUUUUGUUUGGUCUCCAUCCCAGUUAAAUCAGAGUCAAAUCUGCCAGAUACAGAUAGGAACAACAACAUAACCCAGAGCCCUGAUAAGAACGGGUUUGAUAACAAUGGGGCUUUGCAAGAACAAAGUCUCUUAAGUAUGUCUUCGACGGACUUGGAGUUACAGGCGCUUACAGGAAGCAUGACCAAUAAAAAUGAGUUACAAAAACAAGAGCUGUGGAGACCAGAAGAGUUCAAACAAAUGAAUGACCUCAGAUUUAUUCAGCCUGCAAAACACAGAGAGCUCAAAUACUCUGGCUCCUGGCCAGGUGAUCAGUACAAAGACCAGCAGACACAGACCAGUUUUUCCGAAGAACCUCAGAGCCCAGAGGUUUGCCGUGGUACAAAGCCAGGGCAGCCCGAAAGCACCAGGCUGCUGUCUCCGAAGCAGCUGGGAUGUGCAGCAUCCACCACAAGGUCAAAACAAUCAGGGUCACCCUCCGACGAGAGAGGCUGCAGGCAGAGCUCUUACGGCAUGAAGGGCCAGACGUACCUCAGCCAGUCCAGCAACAGCGCCUUUUCCAGGACUGCCACCUCCAUCCUGCAGGCCUCCUCGCCAAAGGGCCACCAGAGCCAGCCCCUGCACGCCCAGGAGAGGGAGAACGGCCUUCUUCCCAAGGGCGAUGUGGUUAAGGGAGAAGCAGGCGCUCCCUGCAACAGUAAGGAGCUGUUUGGGCAGUUCCUUCUGAAGCCCGUCAGUCGCCGCCCCUGGGACGCGAUAAGCGAGCUGGAGAGUUUCAACAAGGAGCUGCAGGGGCAGGAGGAGAGCACGAGCAGUGAAGAAGACUUGGAAAGUGCCAUGGCUUCUCCGCUGGCACAUGCCCUUCCCCAGAGAAGGGCGUCCAGGAAUGAGAACCAGGAGCCAAAACGUGGUGGGAGGUUGGAAACGGGUGUGCCAGAGGUGCCCGUGUUGAAGUCAGGGAGAGUUAAGAGCAAGUCUGAAAGUUGGAGCGUGGGGACCGAGCACGGUGGUGAGCCGGGCUGCGUUGGCUCUCAACGCUCUUCGCAGCCAGGAGGGAGCAGUGAAGGAGUCAGGCCAGCAGAUGGAAGCCUGAUAACAGAAAUGAGGGCAGAGGAAGCCAAGAGCAGAGCAAACAAGCAGCCCGUUCGCGCGGGACCUAUCAAGAGAUUCUUGUCCAGCAGCCCAAGCAGUUGCUACCAUGGCAAUCCUUUCAAUAAUCCCCUUUUACAGGAGAUGAGCGAAGACCAAAAUUACUUGGACUUCGUUAAACUCAGCAAAGGGGCAGCUCCUCAAAACGAUCCAGUAUUAGAGAGAGGCUCAGUGGUACGCUUGUCCUUAACGAAGAGGAGCCAAGGGCGCUCUGAGCCGGAUUUGAGGUCGGUGGGACUUGAUGUAGCCCCAGGACCUGGUGCUAACAAUUGUGAUCACUCUUCAAAUGAGAACGCAGUGGAAAUCCCCGUGAAUGAGUCCUUGCAGGCAAGAGCUGCAAGAAUUUUAGGCAUAGAGAUAGCAGUGGAGUCUCUCCUUCCAGAUGACCACGGUGGGCCCCAUCCAGGCGUGAGCCCUGCGAAUGGUGCCCAGGACUUUGAGUCAUCAGCGGAGAGCACAGAAAGUGGCAAAGAAGGAAAAAAAGAUGAUUCUUACGAAGGCAGGCGCAAGUGUGGCUGGACAGAGAGCGCGCUCUUUGUUGGAGAGAGGAACCGAGAGAGGUACCUUGAUGAAUGCCAGGCCACGCACCGCGAAGGCGGCCCUAAAACGUUGGUGAGGGAGCAAGCGUUUGAACAACCUGCGAGUCCCAGCCAAAACGAAGACCAAAACUCGGUGCCCAAGCCAUCCGUGUCUCAGCAUUCGGAGAAGAGAGUGAGGAGCACCUCAAAAGUGAUCGAGACGCUCCAAGGCAAGCUCACGUCUCCCCCGAGCCGGACUGCCAUGGAGCGCUUGGUGCGCAUGAAGGAAGUGGACUCCGUGUCCCGGAUGCGGCGCCUGAGCAUUAAAAGCGCGGACUCGGGAGAGGAGGUGGACGAGGAGAAGCUGUCGAGGGCACCAGAGGAGAGAGGAAGCAAAGUGGCGAACUCCGGAGCUGUGUCCAAGCGUGUCAUCUCCCUCGGCGAAAACGGCUAUUUAGCUGGAGUGGACAAGAAGAAGAUGGACAGAGAUUUUUCUUUAGACACGUAUGACCCCACCAAAGUUGAAAAGGUGUGAGAUGAACAGAGAGGAGAACAGAGGUUCCUGCUCUACUAAGAAUGUUUCACUGAUUUUUAUUUUUUUUUUUGCUGGGUGCUUUUUGUAUGUUUUUGUUCUUUGAUGCUUGGAAGUUGCCUCCAUUCGUGGUGUUCAUGGUGUACUGGUAAUGCCUUUACCACUGGCACUAGGAAUUAGCUAUUUGUGUCUGAAACUGUUGCGGAGACCGCAGAAAAGUCUGACUUCUACAUUGGGACCAUCUGGCUUUGUAGCAUUAAGACUUAAUGCCUACAGUUGGCAAAGCAUUUUUGUCUGAGCAGCAUUUCAGUCUUCAGCAGGGAUGAUGAAGUGCAUAAAGCGAGGCUUUUGAGCUUUCUCUUUGGUGUAAAUGUAAACGUGGGAGAUUAGUGAAAUGAUUUUGAAAAGAAUGUGAAUUUAUAAGCUAAACUUCUCAGUCUCUAUAGUCUAAACUUUGUUUAACUUAAGGGAUUUUUGGCCAUAAGUAGAAAGUGCUGCUGCACAAAGCGGGGGAAGGAAUGUGAGACAAUGGGAGCGAAGGCUGAUUGUGAAAUUAUUUCUGACUUCCAGAGUUUGAAUUUACUCGGAUUAAAUACUUACUUGCCACCUAGAGAGAAGAAAAGCAAAAACCCCAAAGCUUCUAAAAGAUGAAGACUUUUGUAGUACAAUGUACAGAACGUGUAAUUAUAGUAGUUGGCAACUAGUGUUUCAGACCAAUGCAAAGUAUACCACUGGCUGUUUUGCACUCAGUAUUACCUAUUUUUGUUUUGCUGUUUAGAAAUUCUUUAUAUGAAAGAAUAGUAGCUGGUUUAAAAUAGCCCAUUUUAACAAAGUAACUAUAUUUCUUGUUACAGAAUACUAUCUAUUUUUCUACGAUGUAAACAAUUGCUAACAAGUGGCAAGUAUAAAGAAGUAUUAUUAUUAUUAUUAUUAUAUUUUAAGAAGACUUAUCCGUCUGAGUGAAGGUGACCCAAGCAGAUUUCACUUGUGUAUCUUAAUGCACACGCCGUAUUGCCACAGAUCCAGUAGUGCUCCCUUAUUUUGUUGGGAAAAGAGCCAUCCAUGUAUGUAUGUGUGUAUGUACUACAGGGUUAAUUUCUGUUUUUUCCCCGCUCAACCCUUGGAUCGCUCUUCUUGGAGCAACUUUCUGAAGCGCAGCUGAGAACCGUCUGGGCUGGUGUUGCUGCCAUAACAUUCCAGUGACUGUGAUUACCAAAAAAAAAAGGGUUUGGAUCUUCAUCCCAGUGUCCUUGAGCAGCUCAGAUGAAAUACCUGGUUUCUUUCUUUCACUUAACUUCUUUUUGCACAUUGUGGUUUUGGAUUGGGCCAGUGUAUGAAAAUAAAUAAACCCGGGUUCAGUUCUUCCCUGCAGCUCACUGAUGGUGCCAGGGAGGAGUUCAGAUGUCUUCUUUGAGGCAUUCAAAUACAUGGCUUUAAUGUAUUUUAUCUGCACACACAAAUGCAUGACCUACAGAGUUUAUAAUAAAGCCUAUGCAUUCUGCUCUUUGAGACUGAAUUAGCCUGCAUAGGAUCUGUGUCUUUAAAGCCUUUAUGUCCACUCCUGUGCAGUUUUUGUAAGUACCUGGUCACUAACAUUCUUCAGGUGACUUGUUCAUGUACAUCACUGGUCUAUUCUACUAUUCUUUUUUUUUUUUUUUGGUUUUGUAGCAUAAUUUUAUUUUCUAAAAUCUGAUUUCUUGAAAUAUGUUUUCCUAAGUCUGUACUUUGGAAAGAACACUCAUCCUGUGUUUUGGCAGAAAGAACUUCUUGUCUGUAACACGAUUCUGUUACAUAUGGACUAUUUAAAGCUUGUUUGAAAAGAAA